CCAUUGCCUUCAACAUGGUUUAUAUGCACUAUAUUGCUUCAAGGCCCGUUAACUCGGCAACAAACUCGCCCCAUUUCGUAUGGGUCGCGAUAUCCCCCGAUCGCAACACGGCCGAUACGCUCUUUCGCAUCCUGCAGGAGAACAAGGGAAAGGCCUUGUCUGUACCCAGUCUAACACUCGAUCACACAUGUCUGACGCCCUUGGACAUCGAGAGGCUCUCGCCAAAGCUCUGGGUGCUGCAAAUCAAGGAGAGCCCUGAAAAUGUCGCUGCGCUGGGGACGGCUGUGUGCCCGCAUACCUCCCACGACGUCGAUCCAGCAUUCGACCCUGUCACUGGAAAGAUGUUUCUCUAUUCCAUGGGGAACUAUCCUGACCUGGGCGCCAAACUGCUUCCUGCAACCGGCGACAUGAACCAUGACUAUAUCUCGGGGUACAGCUUCUUCAUCCGCCGCCGGGGCUAUCCCAGCACCUACUGGUACUGCUGCGGCAAUCUCAUCUGCCUCUCUACUACUAAACGCUCACGAUUCGUCGUCUCUAUCGCAGACAGAGGCAAUGACCAGUGGAAUUCUUCGCCGAAGACGCCGAUGGUCGAUCAUGACGAGGUGUCGAUUCAAUGGAUCGAGCGCGACAGGUGUAGAGAAGUCGGCGUUGACGAGAAUGAAUGGCUGACCGUCAAGGCAAAACGCCCCAAGGCCUUCCAGUUCUCCGACUUUGAGGGCCGGUUCUACUUGGGGAAUGAAGGAACUCUCGACAAUCCAGACCCUUUGAGGGCAGGGACCACGCUAGAUGUGGUGUGCUGGUCAUCUCCCCCGGUGUUUCAAGACAGCUUUGAGCUCUGCUAUGGGAUGCCUCCCUACGGUGAUUCUUAAGUAUCCUAUAGUCCAAAUCCCUCUGUGCCGGCAUCAGGAGUCUCGCGCGGUGUUUAGGUGCUCUUGAGGGUAAUCUGUCGUCGAAGCAACAGUCACUCAUGCAAUAUCAGAUAGUUGCCAUCCAUAAUGGCACAUAAUACUCACAGGCAGUGUGUCAGUUCAUCAAUAUAUUACUGAUUCCUUCAUGUAGCGCAGUGACUCAUCAGGUACCCGGAUAUAUAUCCUGCGUAACCCUAUAUAGCAUAUACGUUAGGAAUACCGCGUCAAGCCACUAGGGGCGUCGACGGUCCCCAGAACAAUAAGUCUCCGUCAAUUUGCCUCUUCCUGGAUGUUUAUCUAGUCAGCCAAGCGUGGAUAUCUGGAAAUUCGCCGG